GUGUUCUUAAGCAUCUGUCAAGGCAAAAAACUGACUUAAAAUAUGUUUAUGCUGUUUUUCCACAAGCUCAAAGCAGCACAAGUGAGGAAUAAACAUCACUUAAAUCAAACAAUGAAACCCCCCAAAAAUCAUACAAUGAAGCCUAUACAAAAUAACAAAAAAUAAUAAUGGCACCCAUUGACUUCCAACUUACUCAAUGAAUCGCAUAGCCCUUGACCAGACAUGCCAAAAAUUAGCUAGGCAUUCCAUGGCCUCAGUAUCGCUUCUAUAAAGGCCCUGCUCUAACUUCUUAGGUUAAUGUGUCGUACAAUAUGGCCUAGCUGCUUCUGAGCCUUGAACUUCAAUUUAUCUUCCCUGAGCAGCAUUGGGUCACAUUGUGCAAUCUGUUCUAGAGUCUUCUGGCAGACUACUGUUGGAGACAGGAUCCUAAACUAUGCCUAAACUAAGUUAUUAUGCCUUUGCUUCAACUGACCCCGAGAUAAGUCUGUUAGCUUUGCAAAGGGUCAGGGAACUUUUCUUGGCAAACAAACUAUGGGUUACUGCUGACGGGCAAUGCAUAUAGAGAGAGAGGAAAGAAAGAGCAGCAGCAUUUUGUGUUCCAGCCUAUCUCGGAGACGAAAGAAGCAAAAGAGGGCUAUUAAAAAGACAACGGCAACGAGAAUAUGCUAAGGUUUUCAGUGCUCCUGUUCUUCGCUAUCUCGGCAGUGUCAAUCAGUGGAAAGAGGCAAUGUCUGGAAGGAGCAGCUCACAAGCAAAGACCCAGCCAGGAGAAUAACUUGCACGAAUGCACCCUAUAUUCCAAAUCCUCCUGUUGCUCUGAAGACAUUACAAAGGAACUAGCUGAUUCACCAGUGAUUAAAGUAAAUACCACCUAUUGGAACCGAUGUGGCAAUAACAGUAAAUUAUGUCAGAGCUAUUUGAAGAAGAUAGAAUGCUUUUACAGGUGUUCACCAUAUAUUGCACAUUGGGCACAUCCCCACUACGCAGCUGCUAUUGUGUCUGUUCCCAUGUGCCAAAACUUCUGUGAUGACUGGUAUGAAGCUUGUAAAAAUGACUUCACUUGUGUUAGCAACUGGCUGACAGACUGGGCAAUUGAUGAAAAAGGAGAAAACCACUGUAAGAACGCGUGCAUCCCCUACCACGAGAUGUAUGGCAAUGGGACAGACAUGUGCGAGAGCAUGUGGGGAGAUUCACUGAAGGUAAGUGACUCCCCCUGCCUGUGCCUGCAAAUGGAUGAGAUGGAUAGCAAGGUCGUCAAGCUCUUGGAGGAGAGGGCCACCGGUAAUAGUAGCAGUAGCAGCAGAAGUGAUGAAGAGCAGUUCUGUCGCCUCAAGUUGGACAAAAUAAAGAAGCUGAAGGAGCCGAAAGACGAAGGUGUGGAGACAUUCUAAGUGCCAGGGUUUCUUUAGGUUUUAAAGUGAUGCAUGUUGCACCUUUCCACUAUUAAAACAAUACUCAAGGUGGCCAUCAGCCACACACACAAAAAUACAAUAAAGUGACUGAACAAUUAAAAUAGCUUAAAAAAAUUAAAAGCCUGAAAAGUAAACAGUGUGGCAGAUAAUGAAAGCAUCAACCACCAUUAAAAAUGCCAUGGCUAACCGAAAGCCUACCUCAAGAAAAUGGCCUUCACUUGGUGGCAGAAGCUAAAAUGAGAGGGAGUCAAACAAACCUCCACAGGAGAGAGUUCCAUCACAGGGGGCUGGCACAGAAAAGACCCUGUCAUCAGUCAAUUUCAGGAUCCACAAAGGGGCCUUUUCACCAGAUCUCAGAGUGCGGGCAAAAUGGCAUGGGAGGGUGGCAGUCCAUAGGCAUCCUGGGCCUGAGUCAUUUAGGGCUUCAUUUGUGAUAACACUUUGAAUUGUCUAGAUGUUGCUGGACUACAACUCCCAUCAUUACUGACUGCCUGGGGUGAUAAAAGAUGUAGUCCAACUACAUUUGGAGGGCACCAUGUUGACUGCUGUAGAUAGUUGCUGAAGCCACUGCUGUAGCUAGUUGGGUGCUGACUCUAGUGUGAUUAUUUCAGUUCGUCCUGCUCUCUCCAUUUGGGAGAGUAGGCCACUUAAUCAGUGUUCUUCAGCCUAGGGUCCACAGAUGUUGUUGGACUUCUAACUCCCAUCAUCUCUGACCCCAGCUGGCUGGGGAUAUGGAAGCUGAAGUCCAACAACAUCGGGAUACAAGAUUACAUCAUGCUGAAAGGCAACAUAAAUCAGCUGCUGGCUUAAUCCCUUCACUCAUUUACUUACACAGUGCAUAAUAGAAUUACAAAGCUAGUUAAUGAAUACACAAGUGAGCAAGGAAGCAGUGCACCUGCAAAUCCUAAUGAAUUGCAGAAUUGUAUUAUUAGGUUCUUUCAGAAUCCACUUCCAGCUCUGUUUAGCUGUAUCCGUACUGAGCGGGUUUCCAUGGCAACCAGACCUAACUGCACUCUUCACUAAUCUGGUCUCAGCCUCCUAGCAGCCCUACAAAAGGAAGUGGGAUAAAGCUCCAGGCUGGAGAUAUCGGCAGUUUUAACAAUUCCUGCCUGUUACCUUUGCCAUAUGUCACUUGAUUUGAACUCUGGAGUUCUGCUUGCCUUCAUUGAUUAGAUACUUAGCAACAACUGAAGUCAAACCCACACCAUACAUUUAUCCCAAAGACCCCUGGGAACUGCAGUUUGUUGGGUGUUGAUGAUGAUGACCCCCCAAGAGCUAAAUUCCCAGCACUAUUAACAACUUACAAAACAUGACCUCUGACUAACAUAGUUUAAAAAACGUUAUAUUGUCAUUUUUCACAAUAGAAGGACAUAAGCAGUGAAAAUAAUUGUAAAUAAUAAUAAUAAGGAUAAGGAUACAGAAGGGAGGGAGGGAGAAAACCAAGAAAAAAUGAGUGUGGAAUUCAACAUUACCAUAAUGGCUGCUCUUAGGUCUGCAAGGGGUGGAAUGGAUGAAGUAAUGAUGGCCCUCUAGUUCCUUAGAUAAAAACAAGAAAAUAGAAGAGCAAUUGAAGACUUAACUAAGCAUGAAAUAAGUCAAAAACCUUAGGUAACAGUACCCUUCCAAAAGGCAAUAUGAGAAGCCCAGUAUUACAUGCACCUCUAUUAAUAUUUGUGAAAAAGGAUAUCGGGUCUCUCUAGCUUUGACCAUGGACAAUUUUUGAACCUGCUGGGUGUCUUCUAAAAACCUUCCUGCUCCAGAAUUAAUAUUGGGAUCUACCUGAUCACCCCCAGGAUUUUCAGUUAUUGAUAUGAGAGUCAAUAGAACUCAGGAUACUAUACAGGAGCCUGCUACUGUUAGGAGGGACCAGAGUGGGCAAAGAAUGCCCUAGCAGUAGCCAGUGCUUGCUCCAGAUUUGAGAAGGCCCUGGCCAGUGUCCUCUGGUGGGCCCUCUUGCCAUAGAUUUAAAGAAUUGUAGAGUUGGAAGGGACCCUAUCUAGUCCACACCCCCCUGCAAUGCAGGAAUCUUAACUAGAUCAUACAUGACAGGUGGCCAUCCAACCGCUGCUUAAAAACCUCCAGUGAAGGAGAGCCCACGACCUCUGGUAGCAGUCUUUUCCCACAGGCAAACAGCUCUUACUGUCACAAAGUUCUUCCUGAUGUUUAGUUGGAAUCUCCUUUCUUGUAACUUGAAUCAAUUGGUCCAGGUCCUAGUCUCCGAAGCAGGAGAAAACAAGUCUUCUCCAUCCUCCAUGAUAUCCUUUAGAUAUUUGAAGAUGGCUAUCAUAUCUCCUCUCAGUCUCCUCUGGACCAGGCUAAACAUGCUCAGUUCCCUCAACCAUUUCUCAUAAGGUCAUCUUACACGUUACAGGCAAUACUUAGAACUACAGGUAUGUGGAACCGGGUCUAGUAGCUUCAACUGAUGGCCAUAAUGAAAUAACUGGCUCUUAACUAUUGGAGGAAAUAUUUUUGUUCUGAGGGAAACAUUGACAAAACUUCUGUCAAAUCUUGCUGGCUAUUUUGUGACACUAAAGCUGGUCCCAGUGAAGGCAUUGCUCAAUUGUGGAUUUUGAUUGUUUUCCCAAUAAAUCAGUACAGUUUCCUCUCC